AAUCCCCCGACCUUGAAAUCGAGAACCCCUUCGAGCAGAACAGGAUCCUCGACACAGCCAGCCAAAAUGCCUCAGGAAAUCGGCGACAUCAAGAAGUUCAUCGAGAUCUGCCGGCGGAAGGACGCCUCCUCCGCCCGGAUCAAGAAGAACCCCAAGACCCAGCAGAUCAAGUUCAAGGUCCGCUGCCAGAGGUUCCUCUACACCCUGGUUCUGAAGGACUCUGAGAAGGCCGAGAAGCUUAAGCAGAGCCUGCCGCCCAACCUCCAGAUUAAGGACGUCCCCAAGAGGAACAAGCGGAGCUCGUCAUGAGUUAACGGGCCCUGAAGGGGGAAUGCUGGUCUGGCUUUGAGCGCGGGUGUUGGCAUGAUGGAAGUAUACCUAUGCAUUUGCCGGUUCGGGUCGAACUGAGCUCACAAACGGCGUCUCGGAACGGGGACUGAAAGGAACUGGUGCUCUGCUUGCUAUGCCUAGCCCUUGAAGGGGCGAUGUAGUCGGCGAGGUCGCCCAGAAAUGAAUCGCAUUCAUCGGCCAAGGCCCAAGCUCAUACUCAACAUUCCUCCUGCAAGACCCUGGACUGAGCGAGCCGGCUAUUCCAACGAGAUCCGCCUAUAGUGCUUCAGAUCAACACGCGCAGUCAGGUCCCG